GGGAGCUGGGCGGAAACGCUACUCCGGCUGCAGGAGGAGCCCCCGCCUCUCCGUAGGCUGUCCCCGCCUCCUCCAGUCCCUCCACUCCCCAAAUCAAGGAAGGCCGUGCAGGUUUCGAGCUCUGCUUUCACUUUCCCUUCCCGCUGCCCACUCCAGGCUCCUCGUGCGGCGCUCAGCCCCCCGCUCCGACCAUGGCCACACUGAGGGUCCAUCCUGAAGCCCAAGCCAAGGUGGAUGUGUUUCGUGAAGACCUAUGUAGCAAGGAAAGGACAUUUGGUUAUGACCCCAUCCUCCUCUUCCACCACCUCACACAGACAGAAAACCUGCUUGGGAGCUAUUUUCCCAAGAAGAUCUCAGAGCUGGAUGCAUUCUUAAAGGAGCCGGCUCUCAAUGAAGCCAACCUGAGCAACCUGAAGGCUCCAUUGGACAUCCCAGUCCCCGAUCCAGUCAAGGAGAAAGAGAAGGAGGAGCGGAAGAAGCAGCAGGAGAAGGAAGAGAAGGAUGAAAAGAAGAAAGAAGAUGAAGACAAAGGUCCUCCCUGUGGCCCAGUGAACUGCAAUGAGAAAAUUGUGGACCUCCUGCGGCGCCUAAAGCCUGAGAUCAAGGAUGUCAUUGAGCAACUCAAUCUGGUCACUACCUGGUUGCAACUACAGAUACCUCGGAUAGAGGAUGGGAAUAAUUUUGGAGUGGCUGUCCAGGAGAAGGUGUUUGAGCUGAUGACCAGUCUUCACACCAAGCUGGAGGGCUUCCACACUCAAAUCUCUAAGUACUUCUCCGAGAGGGGUGAUGCCGUAGCCAAAGCAGCCAAACAGCCCCAUGUGGGUGAUUAUCGGCAGCUGGUGCAUGAGCUGGACGAGGCAGAGUACCAGGACAUCCGGCUGAUGGUCAUGGAGAUCCGCAAUGCUUAUGCUGUGUUAUAUGACAUCAUCCUGAAGAACUUUGAGAAGCUCAAGAAGCCCCGUGGAGAAACAAAGGGAAUGAUCUAUUGAGGCCCCUGUCUCGUUCUCUGAUGGGCACAACAGAGACCUUUGUGCUCUUCACCAGGAACUCUAGACUGGACCCAAUCUUCUUCCUGCUGGGGUUUCUCCCCUACUCUGCCUCCCAAACACAAUAAAUACAUGGUCGCCCACCA